CUCACUCAAUCAUUCACGUCUCUCGCCUAUGUGCAACUCGACAACCAAGUAAAAAUUAUCGGCACAAUUCUGGAACAAAAAUAAAAUUAAAAAGAGAGAGAGACAAAAAAAAAAAAAGAAUAAGCAGAGUCAGCACGGUAUCCUUCCAUGCCGGCGGCCGGCCGGACUGCUCGAGCUUCGCCAUGGCGCCCGGCGUCGCCCCCGAGAUCCAACAGCUCAUCCACCCCUACGACGUAGGCCGGACCACCUCCUUCGUCGUCCUCUCCUGCGUCACCGCCUGCAUGGGCGGCAUCAUCUUCGGCUACGACAUCGGCGUCUCCGCCGGCGUGUCGUCGAUGGACGCCUUCCUGCGCCGGUUCUUUCCGGACGUGUACCGGCGGAUGCACGGCGGCGGUGAAGGGGAGGGCGUGAGCAACUACUGCCGGUUCGACAGCCAGCUGCUCACCGCCUUCACGUCGUCGCUCUACGUCGCGGGCCUCGUCACCACGUUCUUCGCCUCGUCGGUCACCGCCAGGCGCGGGCGCCGCCCGUCGAUGCUCGUGGCCGGCGCGGCCAUCGUCUCCGGCGCCACGGUGGGCGCCGCGGCGGUGGACCUCCCCAUGGUGAUUCUUGCCCGCGUCCUGCUCGGCGUCGGCGUCGGGUUCGGCAACCAGGCCGUGCCGCUCUACCUCUCGGAGAUGGCCCCGCCGUCGCGCCGUGGCGCGUUCAGCAACGGCUUCCAGCUCUGCGUCAGCGUCGGGGCGUUCGUGGCGCAGCUGGUCAACUUCGGCACCGAGAAGAUCGCCGGCGGCUGGGGGUGGCGCGUGUCGCUCGCCGUCGCGGCCGUCCCCGCCGCGUUCCUCGCCGUCGGCGCGCUCUUCCUCCCUGAGACGCCCAACAGCCUCAUCCAGCAGGGCGAAGACCAUGACAAAGUGAGAGCGCUCCUGAGCAAGAUCCGAGGCAACGACGGCGCCGGAGUCGAGGACGAGCUGGACGACAUCGUCGCUGCGGACAGGUCCAAGGUCACGGCGAGGCGCGGGCUGGCGAUGAUGCUCACCCAGCGGCGCUACCGCCCGCAGCUGGUGAUGGCCGUGAUGAUCCCCUUCUUCCAGCAGAUGACCGGGAUCAACGCCAUCGCGUUCUACGCGCCGGUGCUGCUCCGCACCGUCGGGAUGGGCGAGAGCGCGGCGCUCCUCGCGGUGGUCGUCAAGCAGGUGGCCGGCGUCGCCGCGACGCUCGCCUCGAUGUUCGCCGUGGACCGGUUCGGGCGCCGCACCCUGUUCCUCGCCGGCGGCGCCCAGAUGGUGGUGUCGCAGGUCCUGAUCGGGGCCAUCAUGGCGGCGCAGCUCGGCGACGACGGCGAGCUGAGCAGGGCGAGCGCGCUGCUGCUCAUCGUGCUCGUCGCCGUCUACGUGACCGGGUUCGCGUGGUCGUGGGGUCCCCUGGGCUGGCUGGUGCCGAGCGAGAUCUUCCCGCUGGAGGUGAGGUCGGCGGGGCAGAGCAUCGCGGUGGCGGUGAACUUCCUGCUGACGACGGCGGUGGCGCAGUCGUUCCUGGCGAUGCUGUGCCACAUGAAAGCCGGCAUCUUCUUCUUCUUCGCGGCGUGGCUGGUGGCCAUGACCACCUUCGUGUACCUCCUGCUGCCGGAGACCAAGGGACUGCCCAUCGAGCAGGUCGGGAAGCUGUGGGCGCAUCACUGGUUCUGGAAGAGGUUCGUCACCGACUCCGGCGACGACGACGAAUGUAGAGCCAUCGGCGUCGACAAGCUCUGAAACAAUCAAUUUUGCAAUU